AUGUUACAGGAGCAGGCGUCUCACAAAGAAACAAGUCAUCUCCCAGCAGUGUAUGCGAUCAAACCUUCCCAUUACCGUCUCUCUAUCUUCAACAUCCAGAUUGGAGGGACCUGGAAAUAUGAUGGUGUUGUCCAGAUUGAUGCUCAGGCAACUGAGACUGUGUCUCAGAUUGUUCUCAACUCAGGUCGGGUAGACAUACUCACAUCGGAGGUAUUCGUUGGCCUGGAGCAAACUCCAAGGAAAAUAUCCGCCUCGACAGCAGUGUGCCGUGAGGCAGAUAAACAAAUCUGUGUCUCGCUGUCAGAAGCAAUAGCACCGGGCGGAGUCCGGCUGGUCAUCGCAUUCCAAGGCCACAUUGACAAUUCAAUGACCGGAUUCUACCGAGCGACAUAUUCCCCUGAUGUUGCCUCUUCAUCGUCAUCAGUCGUGGUGGAAAACAAGCACUGGUUGCUCACCACACAUUUUGAGCCGUGUUAUGCCAGAGAAGCCUUUCCUUGCUUCGACGAACCUCAUAUGAAGGCGACAUUCGACCUGGAUCUGGAACUUUCAGAGGACCUGACAGCCUUGAGCAAUAUGCCCCAGAAGUCCGUCCAAAUAUUGACAGGGGAAAAGAAAGGAUUAAAGCGUGUCUGCUUCGAGACUACCCCCGUGAUGAGCACUUAUCUCGCAGCUUGGGCGAUAGGAGAUUUUGAGUAUGUCGAGGCGUUGACCAAGAGGAUAUACGACGGCAAGAGAUUGCCCGUUCGGGUGUAUACCACUAAGGGCCUCACAAAAUACGCGCAAUUUGCAGUCCAGGAGGCCUCUCGCUACCUGGACUAUUUCAGUGACAUCUUCGGCGUCGACUACCCCUUGCCCAAGUGUGACCACCUUGUUGUGCACGAAUUCAUCUCCGGGGCCAUGGAAAACUGGGGUUUGAUUACCUACAAGCCGACCAAAAUUUUGUUUGACGCCGACACUUCGGACAACAGGCUUAUGAGCAAGGCAUCGUAUGUGAUCGCCCACGAGUUGGCGCAUCAAUGGUUUGGCAAUCUCGUGACGAUGAGCAGUUGGAAAGAACUCUGGCUCAACGAGGGAUUCGCGACUUGGGCCGGAUAUCUGGCCAUGAACCAUUUCCAUCCAGAGUGGAAUAUCUGGGGUCAAUUCGUGGAUGAGGCCAUGCAAGAAGCAUUGGACUUGGACUCGCUGGCAGCUUCUCAUGCCAUUGAAACAAUGGUUGGCAACGACCGGGACGUCCGCCAGAUGUUCGACAGCAUCAACUACUUCAAGGGCAGCUCGAUCAUUCGAAUGCUCGUCACCUACGUUGGCGAAGGGGCCUUCCUGCAAGGGAUUGCCGAGUACUUGCGAGCGUCUGCCCAUGCGAACGCCACCUCGGAAGAGCUGUGGAAAGCCUUGGCUCAAUCAUCAGGUGUCGACGUCAAAGCAAUGAUGGAAGCGUGGAUUCUCGAAGUCGGCUUCCCUAUGGUGUCAGUGGAGACGGCCUCUCCUCAUGCGAAGGUGAAACAACGUCCCUUCCCGAGAUGUUCAGAUGAGGCCGACACCAGGAAAACACUGUGGCACGUGCCUCUUGGUGUUUGGGGAGCCUCUUCUGCUCAGAACCGAGCCAUGUUGGACUCGGAAUCGGCCGUCAUGGCUCAGAGCGACUCGGUGUUCAAACUGAACCGCUACCAUACGGGCUUCUUCCGGACAGAGUAUUCGACGGGCCACCUCGCAUCCCUGACACAAUCGUGCGCGAGCCUUGGCCUCUCGACUGAAGACCAGGUUGGACUCAUCAGCGACAUGGCCGCGUUGGUCCUCGGCGGCCUCAGACCGACCGGAGACCUCUUGAACCUUCUGCAAGCCUUUAGCACCCAGCGGGACUGUUUCGUGUGGUCCCAAAUCAAAAAGUCUCUGGCCAUGGUCUCGGCCGUAGUGACGGGGGAUGACAGGAUCGCCGCCGGCUUUGCCAAAUACACGCAGACACUGGUGCGACCGGUCAAGGGCGAGAUCAGCUGGACGGGCCACGCGGACAGCUAUGUUAGGGGAGAGCUGGAAAAGAUGGUGAUCCAAGUGUGUGUCAUUGCAAAGCAGCAAGACGUGCUCCAGGAGAUCCGACAGCGCUUUCAACGCUGGGCCCAGGGCGACUCGGCUGCCAUCAACCGCAACCUACAAGCAGUCAUCUUCGGCGUGGCAGUCGCCCAAGGCGCCGAGGCCGAAUAUGAAACCGUCAAGGCGGAGUACAUCCGAAAUCACACGAUCGAUGGCCGUGAGAUAUGCCUCACCGCCCUCGGAUGCACGCCGGUGCCUGUCCUGGCGCGAGACUUGCUGGAGUUUGCCUUCUCGCCUGCCAGGGAGGUGCCGGUGCAGAACCUGCACAUGCUGGCCGCGGCACUGGGCGGCAACGGCUCCUGUAAUCGCGUGCUGUGGGACUUCGUCCAGCAGGAGUGGGACACGGUGUAUACGACGCUGCGGCACAACGAUGUUGCUCUGACUUGGUUUGUCGAGAACGGCCUGGGCGCCUUUGCAAGCCUCGACGUUGAGCAAGCCUUGGCCGCCUUCUUCGAAGCGAAGAACAUCGUUGAGCUCGAGCGGCCCGUGAGCAUCGUACGAGAAAGGAUCAGGAGGAACACCGCGUACCGGGAAGGUGCUGGCCCAGGGCUGGCCGAGUGGUUACAGGCGAAUGGCUUCAUGUAG